AUGCCAACGAAUACGCGGAGUCUGCAGCAGCAUAUUGGAAACCAAAAGCAGCAACUUGAGCUGCUGCAGCAGCAGCAGCAACAGCAGCAGCAGCACCUCUCACUCCUGCAACAGCAGCAAAAGCAAUUGGCUGUAUGGCAGCAGCAGCAAGAGCAGCUAUCUCUCUUACAAAAGCAGCAGCAGCAGCAGCUCAUACUUUUGCAGCAGCAGCAACAGCAGCAGCAGCAGCAGCAGCAGCAGCAGCCUAGGAGAGCAAAGACAGGCCCAUCACUCCUCGCCGUGGGUCACCGCCUGAGCAGCAGCAGCACGAGCAGCAGCAGCAGCAACAGCAGCAGCAGCAGCAACAGCAGCAGCUGCAGCACAGUAUUUAGCUGCGCAAGAGAAGCAGCAGCAGCAAUCCCCGUGUAUCCUUCAGCAGCUCUCCGCAGCCGCCGCUGUGUUGUUAUCCCACCAACCCCAGCAGCUCGCCGUCCUGCUGCUGCUGCUCCUCCUGCUUUUUAUAAGCAGCAGCACGAGAAGCAGCAGCUGCUGCAGCAAAGAACAAAGCAGUUGCUGCUGCAGCAGCAGCAGCAAAUCAAGCAGCAACGGAUUAACCUACAAAGACAGCAGCAACACCUGCAGCAGCUCCUCGCUCACAAGCAGCAGCUGCUGCUGCAGUCUCAACGAGAAGAUCAGCAGCAGCAGCAGCAGCAACAGCUGCUGCUGCUGCAACAGCACCAGCAGCAGCUACUGUACCACCACCUUCAGCUGCAAAACCUGCAGAAACAGCAGCAGCAGCAGCAGCAGCAGCACCAGGAGCAGCAGCAGCAGCAGCAGAAAGGCACCUUUGGAGGCUCCCACGGGUAUUUAUCCAUGCCGCAGCUGCAGCAGCUUCACACGCAGCAGCAGCAGCAGCAGCAGCAGCGGCAGGAGCUGCAUCAGGAGGAGCCGCAUUUGCUGCUGCAGCAGGGCGCACAGCAGCUGCUGCAGCACCAGCUCAUAGAACAGCAGAACGCGCAGACGCCUGUCGAAGGCAAAAAGCAAAUGCAGCAGCAGAAACAGCAGGGACAAAAGGUGGUGCAGCAGCAGCAGCAACAGCAGCAGCAGCAGCAGCAGCAGCAGCAGCAGCAGCCCCUGUACCAGCAGCAACGAAUGAUCCAGGAGCUGCAGGUCCGUAUGCAGCAAGACGCAUGCGAUCAGAUGCAGCAGCACCUGCAGCAGCACCAACAGCAUCAGCAGCAGCAACAGCAGCAGCAGCAGCUGCUGCAUGCAGCAGCUCGUAUCCGCAGUCAAACACCCAACCCCAGCAGCAGCAGCAGCAGCAGCAGCAGCAGCAGCAUGAAGCAGCAAGCGUUUGUCUAUGGGGCUGCCAGGCGGAGAUCCGCUACACCGGGGCUGUUCUCAGCGAGUUCCCCUUCUGCUGCAGCAGCAACACAGCAGCAACAGCAGCAGCAGCAGCAGCAGCAAGCUGUUUUUGUACAGCACGCACCCGCUUCUGCUGCUGCAGCAGCAGCAGCAGCAGCAGCAGCAGCAGCAGCUUCAAGCAGAGGCAGCGCGGGGCAUGUUGUGGUGCAGCAGGAGCAGCAAGUGCGAUACGAAGCUGCUGCAGCAGCAGCAGCAGCACCCACAGCAGCAGCAGCAGCAGCAGCAGCAGGAGCAGGAGUAGGAACGCCGUCAGAACAAACACCGUACAAACAACAACAACAGCAGCAGCAGCAGCAGCAGCAGCAGCAGCAGCAGCUGCAGCAGCAGCAGCAGCAGCAGCUGCAGCAGCAGCAGCGAGAACUCGAAGCCUUCAACCAGCAGCAGCACAAACACUUUGCUGCUAUGCUGCAGCGCGCGAGGCAGCAAGCAGCAAUAUGUGGGGCCCAGACCCUGCCCCUGGAGCAGCUGCUGCAGCACCAGCAGCAGCUGCUGCAGCAGCAGCUGCUGCAGCAGCAGCCCCAGCAGCAGCUGCUGCAACACCAGCUGCUGCAGCAGCAAGCAACGUCCCGCUAG